CAAACGGGUGGCCAACUUGACGGGCGCGGGCAAUACAAAUUUCCAGAGUAGAGUGGGAUCUCGCCGGUGAGAGUGCAAAACCCAGCAUUCGCCGCAUGGACGGAACCCGACGUGUGCCAAAAACGAGCGCCGUCAAGCUCGCGCAGGCCCGCGCCCUCCAGCGGCGCCAGCGCGCCGCCGUCUGCAGCUACGUCGCCCAUCUCGAGGCCAGCGUCAACGAGCUCCGGCGCGCGACGGCGCGGCUCGAGGGCCGGCGCGAGGCGUGGGCCAUCAUGCACCCGGCGCCCGAGCGGCCGUUGGACCAUACCGCGAGCGCCCGUGUCGGCGCCGCGUACUUUGACAUUUGCCGCUUUGGCAUCGUCACGGACCACGACGUCACCGCCUUGCGACCGCUGCUGGCGGCCGACGGCUUUGACUUUAUGGGCGGGGGCGGCGUCGACGAGCUCUUUGACCAGUGGCACCGGUACGCCACGUACUUUGCGGCGUUCGAGAUGACGUGCCACCACAUUGCCGUUUCGCCGGCCGAGACGAGUGACGUCGUGCUUUGCACGAGCACGAUGCGCUUGCGUCUCCACCGCCGGACGCUUGAGUGCCUCUUCCCCCACCUUUUGGUCCGCGAAGACAUGGUCCAGCGCCUCGUCGGGCGCGAGCUAGCGGUGCCAAUGACGCUGACGCUCUACGUACGCCACGACGGGUGCCAGAUCCAGUCCAUGCACUCGGACCUCGCAUUCGCCUCGAGCUUGGCAGAGCUCCUCGGCAGUCUCGAAGAUACCGUGGUCGCGAUGGACGGCGCGCGAGUCCACGGCCCAUGGCUCUUGGCGGACGAUGACGACGACGCGUCCGUGGCCGCAAGAAGCUUGACGUAUAAAGCCCCGUAAAAUCACACUGGACCUUUGCUCGCCUCGUCGUCGAUGACGAGAUCACAUGCCAAGACCAGGUGACUCACUGGCAUGAGUCACGACGUGGUACCGCGCAUCUCGCAUGACAUGACGAGACCAGUGACGAGACCAGUGACGCGGACGCGCUGGCAUCACGAUGACGCGAGGUGGCUUGCGGCCUAUUUCUUGAUGGUGCCGUGAGUCUAUGUUGCGAGCAGCGAGAUUGCUUGCUUGCAGAGCGCGGGGUUCGAAAGGUCGUCGACGGCGUGUUCGAUCGAGCGGACGUGACGGUAUUAUACUCAGAUUCUUCUUGCGUCGGCUGUGCGUAGGGACAAGGCGUGUGCGAGCUCGUAGCUCGUGGUCCCCGCGCUGGUCGAGGCGAGUAGCGCAACAGCGUUGUCAACGUUGGACCGCUGAUAGAAAUGUACUGUGGCUGACGAUCCUUCUUACGCGUAGUCGCUUUCGAGGCUCUCGGGCAGGACGGUGGCUGCUCCCUACACAGGCGUCUCUCGCUAGGUGGCGACAAGAGCAAAGCGGCGGAUUAAUGGACAGAGGUCGGUUCCUUGAGGCUCAAGAACGACGGACGAGAACCUUGGGCAACAUACCUUGCAAGCAGCAAACGAACUGCACGUUUUAUGUCCGGUGAGAAGCUGGGUGGUCGCUCCGCACCAAUUGAGUGAGUGGGACGUUCGGUAUAUCGAUAUGACGAUGCUUCUCGACGUUCUCAGGCGUCUUUGUCUUGGUGCAGACGACGAAGGACAGAUUUGCUAUCGCCAAGCCCAGCGACGACAAGGGCCGUUCGAGCGCGCUCAAAAGCUUCCGUUUUGCCGGCAGCAGAUUCACCGAGUCCUUUCUCGUUGCUGGAAGUGGUGCGGCCUACGUUGAAGUCAUCGGCGCCUUCUUGCAUAUCCGCCCAUUGUCGGUGAUUUCCUCUACCAAGACCGAGCUACUUGGGGGCAACAACCGCGUCGGUGUCCGCCCUGCCAGAGGCGGGCGAGGCGGGUUAGCUUUUGACUGAUACUACAAAUUCGUGGAUGGCUCGAGCUCCCUUGCUCUGCGCCUGUAUCUUGGACCUUGU